CUAUGCCUCCGCCCGCCAGCCUGGUUGCCCGGAGUCAGUUUGAAGCCCUUUAGGAUUGAAGGACUCGCACGGUUACGGGCCUCGGUUACGAAGGAAGGAACGUUCUCCUGUGGGGAUGAUUGGGGCUGCAAAGUGGCAGCCACAAGGCUCGGUUGCCAUAAAGCGGAGAGCAUUUAGAUCAAGACAGGCUCGCAGAUGGGUCAGGGACUCUGGAGAGUUGCUAGGAACCAGCAAUUGCAACAGCAAGGAUACAGUCGACCAGGCUAUCUUACCAGAGAGCAUGGUAGGAGGGUAGCUGCUAACGUUUCCAAUACAAGCCAUCGCAAACAAGCCCAAGGAGGCAUUGACAUCUACCACCUGUUGAAGACAAGAAAAUCUAAAGAACAAGAAGGAUUCAUUAACCUGGAAAUGCUGCCACCAGAGCUUAGUUUUACCAUUUUAUCAUACCUGAACGCAACUGACCUCUGUCUAGCUUCAUGUGUCUGGCAGGAUCUUGCUAAUGAUGAGCUCCUCUGGCAAGGGUUGUGCAAAUCCACUUGGGGUCACUGUUCUAUAUACAAUAAGAAUCCACCUCUAGGAUUUUCUUUUAGAAAAUUGUAUAUGCAGCUAGAUGAGGGAAGUCUCACCUUUAAUGCCAACCCUGAUGAGGGAGUCAACUACUUUAUGUCCAAAGGCAUAUUAGACGAUUCACCAAAAGAAAUAGCUAAGUUUAUCUUUUGCACGAGAACACUAAAUUGGAAGAAGCUGAGAAUCUACCUUGAUGAAAGGCGAGAUGUUUUGGAUGACCUUGUGACGCUGCACAACUUCAGAAAUCAGUUCUUGCCAAAUGCACUGAGAGAGUUCUUCAGACACAUUCAUGCUCCUGAGGAGCGUGGGGAGUACCUUGAAACUCUCAUAACAAAAUUCUCUCACAGAUUCUGUGCUUGUAAUCCUGAUUUGAUGAGAGAACUUGGCCUUAGUCCUGAUGCAGUUUAUGUACUGUGUUACUCUUUGAUUCUACUUUCAAUUGAUCUAACGAGCCCUCACGUGAAGAACAAAAUGUCAAAGAGGGAAUUCAUCCGAAAUACGAGACGAGCUGCACAGAAUAUUAGUGAAGAUUUUGUAGGGCACCUUUAUGACAACAUCUACCUUAUUGGCCAUGUGGCUGCCUAAAAGCACAAUUUGCUAGCACUUAAAAUUUGUAAUUUUCAAAUAUUGCAUCAAUUCAAGACAUUAAUUAUUUUGUAGAGAUGGGGGUUAUUUUAGUGCUGGUCAUUCUAACCUCUGUAUGCAAUCAAAGUUUGUGUGUGUAAGUGUGUGUUUGUGUAAACUACCUUUUCUAUCUAUUUACUAUGGGAAUGGAAGGACUUGGUUUUCAUAAUUUUUUUCAGUUUUGCACAAAACAAUGCCAUUAGUCUGACACAGCCAUUUAUGAAUGUUAAACUGACAUUACAGUCCAAGCUGACAAAGUGGUGAAUUUGUGCAUUAGAUCUGCUUGAAACUUUAAUAAGUUCAUUCUUUUUAGAAUACUGUGUAAUGUGUAUAUAUUUAACUGAAGAGAUUUAUAAUCAUAAUUAUUUUAUUGUGAAAUAUUUUAACUAAAAUUUCUCCUCUUAUCUCUUAAAAUAGUGUUGUACUUUUGUUUGCUUUUUUUUACAAUGCUGACUACCUCAGAUGCAUAACUUAGAGAAACAUUAGUCUGAGUACUACAAUAAAGUUUAUUCUAGGAGAUGACACUUGUAAAAUAUCUAGGCUGGUAAUAUAUGCUAUAUUUACUAACUUGAGUUAGCAUAUUGCCAAUCUGCUAUUCACUCAGUUUUAAAGAUUACAGGCUCUAUUUUAGAUGAACCCUGAUGUCAUACAGGGAUAGCCAAGGGAAAUCGUGCAGUGUACAGAGAGUUUUACAUAAUUUACAUAUAUAACCUAUUUUGCAGACACUAGUUUUUGGGAAACAGGGCAACUACAAUCACUUAUUCAGCACAGUAAAAAAGGAAAAAUCCAAACAGGGAAAGUAGUGGGGGCUACUAACGUGUUGCUGCUUUCAACUGGUUCCCUCAGUCUAGAAGUGUCAAUGAUGGAAAUGCCUGGGCAAAUACAUACCAGAUGACUCAUUGCUAAAGCUGUUAAAAACUGACUGUGCAAGAUUAGAGCAGUGACUGUGCAGGAUUUGAGAGCCGUUUCAGAGUCAGACACUGAGUUACUUUCGAAAUCAGUCAUAUAGCUAGCUUUUUAAACAGUUCUAGAUUUAUGGAAAUACUUCAAAAAUUACUUAGGUCGGGUUGUGUCUGAAGUAUGUAGAAUAUUAGCAGUGCAACUGCUGUGCAUGUGCAGGAAUUGAAUGAGGUUUUGCCUGCUGUUUGUUCAGACAACUCACAGAGCAGUGCUUUUCUUAAAUUGACAUAACGUAGUUAAAAUAAGAGCUGUUCUUCAUUAUGUUUGUUUACAUAAUAUUCAGCUAUCAGUAGCAUCUGGAUUCAUCAUGGCAACAAGUACAUUUAUUCUUUUUCCCUACCACACCAUGAGGUGAGGUGGGAAGGUAUUCUUAGUUGUGUUUUACAGGUUAAUCUGAUCUUCUGUGUAGAAAGCCCAUGUCAGAGCCAGGAACUGAAUGCAGGUCAUACUCCUCAUAGGCACACACUUUGCCUACGCUGCUGCUUUCCAUUUGGUACAUAGGGAGUGUUAUAUUUUAUUUAGAAGUGAGAAUAAUCAUGACAGUGACAGUCCACAUAAGGGCUACCUAAAUGACAGGAAGAAAAAAUGUAGCUAUUGCUGCUAUUUCAAGUGUUUAGUACAUUUUGUUUAUAGCUCUGGUCCACAUAUAAAAAUGCACACAGAAAAAGUUGUACUUUUUUAUUAUAUUACCUUUAAUCAAGUGUAAAUGCCAUUUGUAUUUAUGUAGCAUACACACAUAAAGCCAGGAGCCAGCAGUAUAGCAGCUAUCCUCCAGACAGGUUUACAGUAUCACUUGCCUCUCUCAGGAUAAUUACUCUUCACCCUGUUUUGUUUCAUGUAUUUCAGAAAGUCCAAGGAUGUGUUCUGCAGUGGUCAGUCAAUUAAUCUUAAACACAAAUAAAGAGUGUGUGGUAUGGUGGGGAGCUUCCUUUAAGGCAUGGGUUUCAGCUUCUGUAUUAGAAAAAAAAAUUUAAAAAAACAAGUGGGAAAACUUUUAACAUAAUCUGUAAAACCAACAAUAAAGGACAAGUAUCUCCUGGGCUCCUUAAAGUGAUCUUAAGUGGACACUGCAGAAUACAGUUUUCUAGAAAACACUCCUCAGAAGUUAUAUAUGUAAAAAGAAGAAUGCAGUGAAUUUUGAAGUUAGAACUAUUCUUAUUAGGAAACGUUUUCUUCUCAAACCAUAAAUGCAGAGGAAGGCUUAAUUCUUUUCUGACUUGUAUUUAAGUUGGCAUUAGUGAUACUGGUUUUGAUUUUGCGCUGAUAAGAGAGCAUGAAUUGUUAGUCUGCAUUUCUCUUAGUUUCCAGUUACCCUGAUACAAAACAAAGCCUCCAGGAAGACAGAACAUGGUUUUUAUCUGGAGUAGAUCAGUACGUCUAUUAGCAAGGUUUAAAAAGCUUCAAGGCCAGUGUAGCAACCAAGAAGAUAAAUUAGAAACAGGAUGAUAUGAUUAAAAUUUCCGUAGGACAAGUCCAGGGGAAAAGAAAACAAAACCCUAAUUGCAUACAGAUAACCACAUCUGAUCUUCCCAAUAGGAUUUUGAACAGUGUUAGAUGAUUAGUGCCCAACUCAUAUUGUACAUUAUGUUACUAGCUCAGAGCUGAACAGGAAGUAGCAAACACAACAUGCCAAGUGUGAGUUCCCUCAAAGGCAACCAAAAAACAAAGAAUGAAUAUAGAUAUUUCUUCUGUCCUUUUUUUUUUUCUUUCCAGUUUGAAUCUUUUUCCAGAGUGGCUGAGAAGUAAUUUUUUGCAUUUUAAUAAUCUGGACCUUAUGUGAAACUAGGCAAUUUUCUGUCUUAAAAGGAAAAAAUAGUCAUAAGCAGGUGUAAUAGUACUCUUACAAAGUGAGAAAAAUUCUCUUAGUCAUCCUCCAAAAAUCCCUUACAAAGGGCAGUGUCUUCUUCAAUGCACAUUUCAAAAGAAAAUAAUGAUAGAUACUUAAUUGAUCCAGGUGUCCCUAAAUGAUGUGAUGUGGAAAUAGCUACUUGAUCAAGCACUUCAGAAGACUUAGGUAGAGGAUUCCAAGCCUAUACAUGAGCACGAUCAACCUAUAACUGCAAAGUGAUUCCCAAGCUAUUGUGAUUCCACCACUGCAUGUCCUUUGAACUUUGGCCGUGUGGUGUUGCCUUAAUGCUAAGUGUACAGACUGUACACAGCACCGAAGGAAGAAAUGAACCUGCAGCCCGUUGCCCUGCAAACACUUGCUUUUCUGGUCCUAAAAGACACUGGAAUGGUUCUGAAUAACCAUUUCUGAAAUUUUGCUAACUUCAGUAUAUACAGAUGUGACAGAAGGACAACUGUUCUGUGUUCAUGUAGGGGAAAUGUGUCUACCUGUGUCCAUGUAAAGUUUCACACAAAUAGAGCUCAUUGUCGCAUGGAUUAAAUUCUCAGACUCUCAUUGCAUUUAUUGAAGGAAAAUGGCAUAUAUUGCAUAUUCAUAUGGCUUAGUUAUAGGCAGUAUCUGAUAUUAAACAUUUUCUCAGACUCUAUUUGGGUCUAGAAUACUUUCCAUUCAAACUCUAAACAACACAUUUAUACAGCUUUGACUUUUUAAAAUUUAAAUUAAAUUUAAACUUCAAUAUACAAAAGCCCAAACAAAUGUAAGUAAGAAAUAUGUUUGUCACUUUUGAAGUAAGAAAGAAUAUCGCAUUCAGGAAAAAAGUUUCAAUUUGUUCUGUUCAACCUUUCCCUUUCACCCCCCCACAUUGGAAAAAGAAAAACUAUAAACAGUUCAAAAAUACAGCUUUAGGAAAAUAAACUGACUAGCUGGGCAAAUAAAUGUUUCCUCUUCAGUAUUCGGCAGUUUAUUAAUGUUCUUUAGAUAAAAAUUGCCAAGGAAUUGCUCUUUUUUGAAGUGGUUAUAAUUGUGUUCUCUGUGUAAGGAUGUCAUUGUUCAGUAUUUGUUUAUAGUUCUGUUUUUGGAAAACAAGUAUUAAAUUAUUUUAAGUACCUAAACAAAAUUAAGGUAUACCUACUUGAUCAUGUUAAAAUGUCAAAAUAACAAUAAUAAGUAUUUAGAAAAGUCGAAUUUACUUGACUUCUGUUGGAUGGGGAUUUUUUUUCUUUUCAAGUAUUUCAUGGUUGUAUCAGAUCUCAUAAACAUUAAGGCUGAUGACUUGUUCUCUGCCAUUGUAAGAUCUGCCCUUUUGAGUAACAAAGCUCAAAAGCACUAUUAAAAUGGAAAAAUAACAGACUUAAAGUAUUUCCUGUGUCUCCCAUAGGCACAUUAUGGUUUCAUUUUGCCUUAAAGAGAAAUAAUAUCCAAACUUCUAUAAUCUACAUGUAAUAAUGAUUUUAAUAGGAUAAAGUUUUAGAUGAUAUUCUGAUACUAUUUAUCAGAUGUUAAAGUUCAGACUUGCCAUACAAUAUGCACAAUUAAAUCAUACCCAAAUAGCUAGGAUUGGUUUCAGAAAUGUGUAUGUAAAAAACUUUAAAAAGAUCACAUUGCUCCUUCAUCAUCUCUGUUUUUGCUGGCAUAAUGUUAGUAGAUUUGCAGUUUUCCUUUCCUAUUCAUAUAAAUAGGCUUAGAGAAAAGAUGGAUUAGAAAAUCUUUACACAGAAUAUUUCCAUUUCAUAUGUGAAAUGUACUUAAAUUAAAAAGGAACUUUCUGUAUUUACAAUUUUACAAAAGCAAAAAACUGCAAUUCAUUGAAAGAAGGAAGAGGCUCUAAUUUUCAGCUAUGUGGUUCACUCAUAGUAUCUAAUACAGAAAAUGAGCAAAAAGUAUUUUUCAAAUUCCUAAUAAUGCAACAAAUGCAUUAUUUUUUAAGCUUAAAAAUACUGCUUAUUAAUAGAGUAUGUGUACCUAAAAAAAAUCAAGCUUAUUUAUGUGAAAGCAACAUGGUCAGGAUAACAGUUCUUUUCAGAGAGAGUAUUCAUUUGUAAAAGUUAGCUUUCUUCUUGGCAGUGUUGGAGAGGAAUGUUGGAUUUAAUUUAAAAUGAUUAAUGAGAUUUUGUCAGACUCCCUGCCUUUACCACCACUGCAGUUUGUCAGCACAACAACCUGGGAAACCCGGACGCCACUCUGUCGCCCUAAACUGCUUUCCAGGAAAAAAUAAACCUGAGUAACUAGUGCCAGGUACAUGUCAAUGGUAUUGUCUUUCAGCUGUUGAAAGUUUAACUGUAAGUUGGGACAUUUACACAUGCUGAGGAAGUGAACCUCAUUCAUUACUUCAAUAGUCUGUUUUUGACAGUGGGUACCAGUGUAAACUGAAGUUUUCAGAGCAAGCACAGCCUUUAUUAUUAACCUUAUGGAAAAUACUAUAAUCCAUGCAGAGGAGAAAUUCUUUAACAGGGAAAAAUAUAUAUCAAAACUUGUUUAGCUAAGUUUUUCUGGAGAAAGACCAUCUACAUUUCGUUAGUAGGCUCUCAUCCUUUGAGCACUACACACGCCAAUAGGUUGCUAGGAAUGCUCUGUUGGACUCAAGGCAAAUGCAUCUGUGUUCACGUGUGCCAGAAUCUGAAAAGUUCACAAUACUUUUCGUACAGGACCAUAACAUAAGAAAAUUAGUAAUUCUUUUGAAAUGUAAGGUAGAUAUUGAAAAUUAUUUACAAUUUGCCUUUUUUGCUUUCCUUGUGGAAAUUUGUUCUGUUGGUCUACAGCUUGAGCAUUAUGUUCUCCUUAACACAUGAAAUACACAAAAACUGAAAAGACUAUUUUAAUUUCAGAAGCAGCCUUCCCCUUUCAAGGAAACACAUUCCUGCCUGUGCUGCAAAAGUCUUUCUGCAGUCACAUAACACUGUAUCAACAAACUGACCUUACACUCACUCCUGUGGACCCCUUUAUACACCAGUUCUAUCAAUUAACUCAGCAGGCCAAAAAUUCUGUGAGGCUUCACAGUGAUGUAGAUGGUGAAAAAGACUUAGUACUGCUCUACUACACUAGGCAGAACAUACUCCUUAUGAGCCACAAUGGCACACUUAUUCUUUGCAUGACUUUUAUCUUAGCUAUUUCUUAUGUGUUAACUAUUUUCACAACUGCAGUUUCCCCGUCUUCCUAUCCAGAAUUCAGACUAAUUGUCUUCAUUACAUGCAACACAAUUGAAUUGAAAUAUAUUUUUAUAACUGGAGAACUUCUGAAGUUUACUUGCCUUCGGGCAGCAUAAAUCACCUGUGUAA